AGCACCAACUGCCUGCCCCAGCUUCCUGAGCUCCUGCUCUCUAGUGAACAGCACAAGGGAUAGAGAGGAAAUAUGUGUGUUUAUGCUUUUUUUGGGGAAAAAAAAAUCAACAGCGUGGGUGGAAGAGAGAGAGAGAGAGAGAGAGAGAGAGAGAGAGAGAGAGAGUAUGGAAUGUUGUGAUGUCACUAACUAAGUCAUACACAAAGGCAAAGGAGGACAGCAGCACUCAUUCUCCCAAUCUGUAACGCCUGCUGUACACCGUCCGCACCCAACUCCCGUCCAGCUGCCGGCUGCUGCUCAGUGAUGAAAGAGUGUUGUGAGUGAGCAAGCAGCAGGGCUCAGGAGCAGGGCCGGCACCCAGGCACACACUCCAUAUAAUUCCAACACAUACUUUUUCUCCAUCUGGAUCUAAAGGAUUAAACACACGCACAAAAAAGUAGCCAUGUUGCAGCAGAUCCUGAAGGAAAUGUACAUCGACCCGGAUGUAUUGGACGCUCUGAACGAGGAGCAGAAGAAGACGUUGUUCCUGAAGAUGAGACAGGAACAAGUCCGGCGCUGGAAAGAGCAUGAGGAGAAACUGGAGAAAGAGGAACCACGCAAACCCAGGCCAGCUCACAGUAAGAGUGUCAGCUGGCUGUUGGGAUGCGACGGUGACGUGAAAGUCAUCGUCAUCGGAGAAAUGGACGAGUUCAAGUCUUCCAAGAUCCUCCGCUCAGGGUUUGGAGAGAGGAAAGCUGCUAGUCUUUGCAACAGUUACCACAUCCAGGAACCAAGUUUCAAGAGUAACCUUGUAAGCCGAACUUCCACAGAACCUGUGGGAUCAGGCAGAGAGAAUCUCCCACCCAAAACAUUGUCUGGAGUACAGCUUGAUUUAAAGGAAAACAGUGAAGAAGUGAUGACGCUGCCCCCUCCACAGAUAUCAUCAUGUGAACAAAAGCCUGCAACUCCUGUUGAGAAUGUUGAAGAGACCAAAGAGGAAGAUGACGCAGAUGGCCCUUUGGACGAUGCACUUUCUCUGCCCUCCAUUUGCUACAGACCCCACCUGAUGUCUGCCAGCGUCCUGCACAGCCUUGCACCCAAGGACACACAGCAGAAAACCACACCGCUGUCGAUCACAAGCAGGCUAGGCUCAGUUGAAGCCAGUGAGUCUCGUUGUAACAAAGGGAAAGAUUUCCAUGUGAUGUCCGCCUCCAAGCGCACCGAAUCUGGAGUAGGUGGGGAUAACCGUGUGGGGCGUGGCCGUGUGGCCGAACUGAUGAAGACCUUUAGUGUUUCCAGUGACUCCACCUCCUCACAACCUCUACCCAGAUCCAACAAACCCCUCAUCCCGAAUAAACCCAGCCAUUUGCAGCAUCUUCCCUCAAACUCGUUCAGGUAAUCAGCGGAGAUCGCAGGAUGCUCAGACUGCCUCUCUCAGGAACACUGCUCUAAUUGCACAUGCGACGGUGGCAGGACGAGGAAUUCUAGCAAUUUUUGAAUUGCAAUGUUUUGUAUAAUUGUGCUCUCGGGAUGCACAAAAAGCAAAAAAAAAAAGGGGGGGGAAAAGAGUGUAUAGUUUUUACACUUUUGUUACAGACUGAUUUAUAUUCCUAGGGUCCUUUCAAUGACAAAUCUAUAUUCCAUUCUUUUCCAGAAAUCUGUACUGGUGUAUUUUUUUUAUAUUAUAUUUUUUUUAAAUUGUGCAACUUUGAAGGGGAAUUCCACCAGUAAGAUCAUUUCCCCACAGUUGAAGCAAUUGGCAAUCUGUGUUAUGAUGAAAGAAAACGCAGCCUCUCUGCAUGAGCUGGUUUGUGAUUUUCCACGUUUUCUGAAACGGAACAGCUAGCGGGACUAAUGAGAUGAUGCGUGUUGACGGGUUUAUUGAGCAAAAAGCGGCAACGUUUCCUGUCUCUGAGCGCGUUACGUUACCAAAUGCUUUUUUCUCCCGUCAUUACUGACAAAUUACUUCAAUUACUUCAGGUUUUUUGGACAGAACGCCACAGCAAAAGCUGUGUCAUUUACGUCAGUUUUGUAGUGUAUAAAAGUUGUUUUUUUCAAGUUGUUUCUAGAGUUCUUCUAUACCAACAUGCUUACCAGCUGUAAACCUACAUGUCAAGGAAAUAUUGAUUACAUCAUCUAACAAUAAACCAAGUAGGGAUUUGACACUUUUUCCGGCUUAUUAGUUAUUAAUCUCCUGAACUUGAACCUGGAGAGAGGAUGGCACGUCCCCUCGGCUCUAUAGAAAAUGAAGUGGGAACACACAGCAUCACUGUUCUUCAGUUACACAGUGUACCUUCAAGAUGCCGUGCAUGUGCUGAUUCACCAGAACCGAGAGCUAUUUUUUUUCAGUUUAGGCUCCAUCACAUCGGCAAAAUAAGUCAUUUUUGCAACAGUCAGCGCUGCUCAUUUGACACGUGUGUCUGUGUGUGCAUGUGUGUGCGUGUGUGUGUGUGUGUGUGUGUGUGCAUAGACUGCCUCAGACAGAUCAUGAAGAGCCGAGCCUCAGUAGCAGUUGAGCACGGCCUCCAUGUUCAUUAACGCUGACGAGACUCUACCAUACAGUGCUCUAUGGCACAGCUAAGAGGGUUGAUCAAGCACUUCUGGGAGCUUUGGCCUCAGAUUGCACUUUUAAAUAAAGGUUCUUAAAAGGUUCUUGAGGCUGUUCUGGGAUUUCUGAAUGAAAUGGGCACUUAUCAGGACGGGCCAUGUCACGAUGGUACCUUAAAUAAAGCUCAAACAUUGCAGAUUGAAAUUCCUGGCAUGGUGCACCAAAAAUCCAUGAAAUCCAAGAAAUAUAUAUUUUAGCAUUUUAUUUAAAAAAGGAAAUAACGGAGAGCUGGCAGAAACUGUUUUGAGUUAAAUUAUUCAAUUAUGCUUUCAUUUAGAGACUUUAUACUUCACACAUUAUGUCGAGCACGAUAUCUUCUAUCACAUAUACUAAACAAUUUUCCUGAAAUUAUAAAUUGCACAAUUGUAACAAUGCAAAUUGUAGCACUAUCAAUGUCAAAACAAAGUCAAAUCAGCAUACAGUCAGUACAUUAAAGUAUGGACAGGAUUAAGUUCAUUAUUAGUGGAGAAGUCAAUUACUCUCAGAAUAUUUUUUGGUUUAUUCUGUUUGUUUAUUAUUUUUAUUUCAUCAUUGCAUUUUUGUUCAAUGAUAAUAAUCAUGAUUACUGUAGUGCGGUAUAUGGUAACAAGUGCUUUAACCACAACUUGACAUCUAAAUUCCAUUUGCAUCAAUUGACAUAUGUAUGCCUUUUGAGUCAAUUGCAAUUAAUUUAAUCAUAUCACUGUGUACAUCGUUCCGGGCUCAGUGCUGCCACCUUUGAAAAACCGGAUCAGAAGCAAGAUACUGUAUUGUUAAAACUGAUGAUUUAAUUGUACUCCAUGUCACACCAGUGAUUUUUCACCAUCCUUGCAAAACCAAAAAAAAUUAUCAUGUACAGAAUCAGAAAACUAUGCUAGCAUUAUCACUCUUGCAGAUUUUCUCCCAUUUUAACAUUUAAUUUAUCAGGGUUUACUGAAAUAUCUUCAGCAAAACUGGAUGUUACAUUGUGCUGUGGUACAAUGAUCCCAGGUUUCCACUUUAUAUGCAGUAUAAUUACAGUAUAUCAGCAUAGCAGGUCACAAGUAUGACCACUGGAAUCUAUAAAGGUUGCACGAUUGUGUUAAUUGACCAGCAAAACCAACUUUGCAACUUUGCAACCAGCAUUUUGGUAGUCCAUGGGUUUACAGCGUGAAUGGUAAAUGCUAGUAAAUGAAAACAUACAAUCACUGGGCAUGCUAGUUGAUGGCCAAUUUGAACCACUAUAGUGGUGUUAAUUGUUGUUGUUGUUGUUAUUAUUAUUAUUAUUAUUAUUAUUAUUAUUAUUAUUAUUCACACUGUGGUACUGUAUACCAUGAAGGAUCUUCAGAUGUUCUGAAAAUCCUUCAUUAUAUUAUACCAAUGACAUCCAUUUUUUUCCCUAUGGUUUAACAUAAAGAGCUGUAAUGUUUUAAGCCUGAUUUUCUUUUGUUUGAUGCCAUUCCUGUAUUUGUAUACAAACCUAUCUUCAACUCACAUACGGCAAACCAAGCUCCCUUUUCUUUUAGCUUUUAUAAUCAAAUUAUUCGCCAUUCAGAUGUCAGCCAUCUUUUAAAUGUUCCCCCACCAUUACUAGUUUACUGUGGGAGUAUAAUAUUCGAUUGCACUUGUGUUUGUUUCUUCUGUGUUACGUUUUGCACCAUUGAGAGGGUUGUUGUUUAUUGUUUCUUCUGUAUGGAUUGAUGACUUGAGUGAUUUUAUGUGAGGAUGAGUGUUAGAUAUUGUCUCUGUGAGCAAUGCUCACAGUUCAGCAAUAAAAAUGAUCAGAAUCCUCCAAGG